AGGGAAGUUGCGUAAAACAGCGAAUCCACCAGUACGGGCGCGAGAAAAUAAAGCGUGUGCCUCCUCGCGUAGGUAUUUUGUUUCUGUGAGUGAGCAGACCAUACAGAAAUUGCGUAUGUUUAGAAAUACACAGAAAUCCCCAACCUGAGGAAAGGUGCGAUGGCGGACUCGGACUUGUUUAUGGAAUGUGAGGAGGAGGAGCUGGAGCCAUGGCAACAGGUCCAGCAGACGACGGAAAGCUUGCUGAUAGAACCGCUGAAGAGCGUCAGCACUGUACAGCAAGUAGCUCCAGUGCAGUCGCUGAGUCGUCCAGUGGUCCCCGCUCCCGCCCAACCUGCCCCCAUCCAAGUGCCAGUGGCCUCCACCCGGCUGGUCGUCCAAGGCCAGACCCAGCCUGUCAAAAGCGCUACCAAGACUUCUGCCUUGUCACUGCUCUCCAACACAACACCUCUGCUGUCCUCCGUGGGUACGGGGUCCGUGCGAACUCUGCCCGCGGCCCCCGGUCAGCAGUUCAUCCUGGCCCCCGGUGCAGGAGGCCAGCUGCAGCUCUCCCAGCUCCUGCUGCCCGCACCGGGUCAAGGGCUCGGCACCAACCCAAACCAGCCCAUAUUCAUCACCACACAGGGACUUCCUGUACAAAACUUGGCAGCUGGACAAAAUCCUGUAAGCUAUGUCCUAAAUGUCCAACAAGGUCAAACCAUGAAGCCCAUCACACUAGUGUCAGCUCCAGCAGGGUUCAAGCCAGGGACACAGAUCAUAAACCAGCCAGCUCAGCUCAAUGCGCAGGUGGUGAAGCCCCCAGCAGCGGUGGCCGCCGCCCCCACCUACAACACCACCACCACCAGAGUACAGAUCCCCGCCACCCUCACCAUCCGCAGCACCGCCCCCGCGAGCCAGCCCACCACGGUCUCCAGGUCGGCCCCCACCAGCAAGCACACCUUUCUCCCCACCACGGUUACCAGGGCCGCCCCCCUGCUCUCUACCUCUCUCAAGACCACAACCGCACAGCUGUCUAGCACAGGUAACACUGGCAGCGUGUACGCAGUCAAGCCACUAGGGGGCAGCACUAGCACGCAAAAUGUGGUGAAUGUGGGUGGCCAGACCCUCAUCUUAGUGUCCGGUCAACAGGCCAAUGGGGUCCCUGCCAGCUCCCCUCCUGCCUCUCUCUCCACCAUCCAAGAAACGUCGUCAGGCUCUGUCAAGUUAUGUCCACGCUGUGGAGCUCAGUUUAAGAUGAUUGAGGCACUACGUGGACAUAUGUGUUUCUGUUGUCCAGAUCUGACCCAGUUGCCCAGCACCAGCCAAGUGCCCCCCGGCCUCCAGAGCGCCACCAUGGCCCCUCUGGCCCCGAAACCUGCCGGCGGGGGUGACGCUGGUGACUCCGGGGGUGGCGGUGACUCCGGCGGCGCCAAGAAGCUGGUGAUGUAUGUGGAUGAGUUCUACUACGGAGCGUACGAAGGGAACCGCACCAACGCGGCACAGGACAACCUCAAGGAGCCCAUCACAUUCAAAUGCACCACCUGUGGCAAGAAGCUGAGGAACAACAUCCGGCUGAUGAACCACAUGAAGCACCACGUGGACCUGGAGCACCAGAAUGGGGACAUGGACACCCACACGUCGUGCCGCCACUGCUACCGGCAGUUCCCCACGCCCUUCAGGCUGCAGUGCCACCUCGAGAGCGUACACAGCUCCUACGAGUCCAACACUAAAUGUAAAAUCUGCGAGUGGUCGUUUGACACGGAGCCAGUGUUCCUACAGCACAUGAAGAACACCCAUAAGCCUGGGGAGAUGCCAUACGUCUGUCAGGUGUGCGAUUACAGGUCGUCCUUCUACUCCGAUGUGUACAACCACUUCCGCACCUGGCAUGAAGACACACGCUACCUGCUCUGCCUCUACUGCCUCAAAGUCUUCAAGAACUCCCCCACCUACCAGCAUCACUUCUCCAGGCAUCAGAAAUCUUCAGUUUACCACUGCAAUAAGUGCCGAUUACAGUUCCUCUUCACCAAGGAGAAGCUUGACCAUAAGAUGACUCAUCACAAGUCGUUCCGCAAGCCCAGGAAGUUGGAAGGAGUCUUAGCCGGCACUAAGGUGACCAUAAGAGCACAUGCACAAAAUAAGACGCCCAAUGCCACCGCUGGGAGUGCUCAAGGGCAGGUGGUGUCCUCAAAACCACCACCACCACCAUCAUCAUCAUCAUCAUCUACCUCCACGGCUCCUGUCGGCGGACCAAAGUCUAGUAAGGUCAUCACGUCCCCCUGGCCCGUGCCCCAUCCAGGCAUCAAGAUCAAGCCUAUCAGCAAGAUGAUCGACCUGCUGACCAAGUUUCAGGAGCAGAGGCGCUACCUCGGCAAGCUGAAGUGUAUUGAGUGUCACCAUGAGGUUGCGGACUUCUCGCACCACUUCCCCACGUACGUCCACUGCUCCCUCUGCAGCUACAGCACCUGUUGCUCCCGCGCCUACGCUGAACACAUGAUCAGCAACCAUGUGUCACGCAAGAAGAACGCAAAAAGAGUCAUACAAACAAUAUCACAACCCCCUCCGAGCACGCUAAAGAUGGUUUGUGCAGACUGCUGUUUCAUCACCCGUAACGGUGAUGUGAUGGCUAAGCACCUGGUGCUAAACCCAGACCAUGCCUACAGCACCUGCACUCCCCCAAAAGGUGUGUGUCCCACCACGACAACACCCCUCACGACAGUACCCACGACCACGACGCCCAUCAUCACCAUAACACCCACCACAACGCUUAUCACCAUACAACACACCACACAUCAGCAAACAGACUUUGUGGCCAGUGAUACUGUGGUUUAUGUGGACGAAGUGCCAUCACCUAUUGCUGAAUACUAUCUGGAGUCGGAUAUAAAGUUCAGCGUGGUUGAGGAGGAGGAGGAGGAGGAACUGCGCAGUGAAGGUGAAGGACCUAGUGAGGUAGGGAAGGAGCCUGAUUGGGCCUUGCUGGAGGAGGUGGAGGGUCCGCAGACCAGUGCCUCCAUCCCAGAGUUCACAGAGGCCGGUGGGCCCAGCCGAUCCCUCCGUGCGGGGGGUGACGCCAUCGAGUACUUCCAAGCGCUCUUCCCCGACUCGCUGAUGAAGCUCAUCACAGAUGACACCAACAACUUUGCCCAGUUCUGCGGGUUCGUGGGGAAGGGAGACCCGGACUGGACUCCCGUGACCGUCGCAGAGCUGAAGUCAUUUGUCGGCCUGUGUCUCUACAUGGGUUCGCUGAGUCUUCCUGAAACUAGUUUGUACUGGAAAUUUGACUACAACAAGCGCGUGUCACUGUUCGUCAGGACCAUGACGUGCAAACGCUUCCGGCAGAUCGGCGCUCACGUCCGAGUGGGACAGUGGCUGUCUGGGGAGCAGACCAGAGACGGGAAAGACAUGCUGGAGCUCCUCCAGCCGAUGGUGGACAUCCUAAACGUCAGCAUGUGGGAAGCGUACAGCCCUAACAAGAACCUGAGCAUCGGCCGCGCCCUGCUACCGCACCUGGAGACUGAGGCGGGUAAGGAACUGCGUCCGAGACACAAUCAGCCGAGGGUAUGGCUCCUCUGCGACUCCAGGACCGGCUAUUGCCAUCGGUUCCACGUCCAGACGCGCUGCAGAAGAGGUAGCGAAGUGGCCGGUGUUGUUCCCGCGCUGGUGGAAGGCAUAACGGGUAGAAAUCACCACGUCUACCUGUCAAAGUCGUUGGCGUCGAUGCCCGUCUUGCAGCAACUGUUGAAUCAGCAGAUCUACGCAUCCGCCACUGUGCUCCCUGAGUCCCCCGUCGUACCCAAAGCACUAAGCGAUCGGGAUCAGGUGAAGACGCCCGGGGACUUCCGUCAGUACACCUGUGGGCCCAUGAUGUUGACCAGGUGGAAGGAUGUCAAGGAGAUGUUCUGCCUGUCCACCAACUGCCUGAGCGGGCGGCCUGACGACGUGUGGAGACGGUCCCAGGUGCGAGCUGGGCAGCUGGACCCCAUGAAGAGGCCGCAGUCCUUCCAGCUGCUUCAGGAAAACAUGCGCGGAGUGGACAUCUGCAACCAGUUGCUGACUUGCUACAAAGUGGGAGGGGUAGCGCUAGACACCCACUGGCGCUGCGUCCUCUGGUUCUUCAUCAACCUGUGCGUCAUCAACUCUUUCAUCGUAUUCAGGGAGAGACGCAGACACAACCCGCCCACCUGGACCAAAGGCGGCCACUUUUCCCAGGCCGAGUACCGCAAACGCCUGGCCUAUCAGCUGAUAAAGCUCACGUGCAAGGACUACGAGCACUACACCGUCAAGCCCAAGUCCACGAGUAGUUCCCUUUUCAUGAAGCUUGUGAAGACGCCACGUGAUUACACGGAGGGAGUUAGGCACUACAUGGGCACCAUCACACUGAAGCCCUUGAGGUGCAAAAACUGCACUCGGUGGGGUUCCCGUCACGAGUCGAGAUCCGGCUGUGUUGUGUGCAUGGUGAACCUGUGCAAGAACAGCAACUGCUUCUGGGAGUACCAUGGAAUGUCAGCACAAGGAAAAGGGCCCACAACUGUUGGCUUCAUUGAAAGUGGCAGAAGUGGGCCGAGCUCAGGCAUGGAGAGCCAGGGAGCAUCAGGCGUCGUCAUGGAGACCCUAAAGGAUGCUCGUGUGUUGGAGGGGGAUCCAGACCAAGACAUGGCUCCCUUGGAAGACUCGGACCAGGAAAUGCCACCCUUGGAAGAGUCGGACCAAGACAUAGGUCCCUUGGAGGACGACUCAGAGCAAGUGGCCUUGUUGGAAGGCUUGGAGCAAGUGACCGCUUUCUUGGAAGGCUCAGAGCGAGGGACAGCUCCCUUGGAAGGUGCAGAGCAAGCCAUGGAUCGUUUGGGAGACCAAGAAGCGACCUACUUGGAAGAGUCAGAACAAGCAGCUGCCGUAGAAGACGCAGAACAAACCGUGGAUCCUUUGGGAGACCAAGAAACGGCCUUGUUGGAAGGCUCCGAGCAAGCGAUGGAUCCUUUGGGAGACCAAGAAAUAACACUGGAGGGUUCAGAGCAAGUUACUGCUCCCUUGAAAGGUUCAGAGCAAGUGACUGCACCCUUAGAAGGCUCAGACGAGGACCAGGUGGGUUUGGAGAUGCAGCAGCAGCAGGCAGAGGAGUCUGAGGGCCCUGAAGCCACUAACAGGGAUUCUGCUGGACAGGAUGUCAGAGAGGAAACGCUCACACAGCAACAACAACUCACACCCACGCACGCAAGCCCUGAGGCUGAACCCGCAGCGCCUGCCAAGUAGCCUUAGGAGACCCCGGCUGCCUGCUCUAUCUGAGGACUUUCCGGUUUUGCGCAACAAGACCAUCAGACAGGCGUGUUGCCGUCAAGCCAAAACUAACUUUCCCUGGAAGCCUGGUUCAAGGAGUAAGAUGGACACACACAGGGUAUCAUAAGCCAUGUUUUCAUGGGCACUUAAAUGUAAUCAGUUUAAAUGUACUGUUUACAUGGGCAGUUUCCUCGUUUAAUUAGUGUACGUACGUAUAGGAGAGUUCUAAACCGCCUAACCAAUAUAAUUGGUUCAAAAAAAUAUAUAUAUUAUUUUAAAAGUUGUAGAAUACCAAGGCACUCAUCUUCUUUGUUGUUAAAAUGCCUUUAUUUUAAUGGGCAAAACAUAAUUAAAACAAUUCAAUUUAUUUUUAUUUAUUAUUAUUUGAUUGUUUACAUGAUGAUUAUUUAAUCAGUUUACACAUUUAAUGUGAGUAAAAGUGCCUUUGUAAACGUGACUGUUGAUAUAGUAUAUGACACUUGAUGACCCGGUCUAUUGGAACGAACAUCUCCAUGUUAUUGCCGCCAACUUUGUUUGGCACUUAAAUGUAAUCAGUUUAAAUGUACUGUUUACAUGGGCACUUUCCUCGUUUAAUUAGUAUAGUAUAUGAGCGUUCUAAACCACCCAACCAAUAUAAUUGGUUCAAAUAUUUAUUAUUAUCAUUUGAUUGUUUAUUUAAUAUGAUUAAAAGUGCCCUUGUAAACAACUGUUGAUAUAAAUGACGCUUGAUGACCCUGUCUAUUGGAACAAAUAUCUCAAUGUUAUCGCCGCCAACUUUGUUCGCUGGUAUCAUUGCUUGAGUGAACACAUCAUUGGACGACAAGGCGGUGCACAAGUUGUCCUGUAGGUACUGUAGUGGUAAAACAGCAUAUUUAAGGACAGUGUGAAAGACAACAUACUGUGGCGGCAGGGCCAGCUACAAGGCUGAACGCGACAUAUAGUGUUUUGUAUCUACGACAGGGCAUGAAUAUCAGAGUCACCGUGUGUGUGUGUGCGUGUGCGUAUGCGUGUGUGUUCUCUGAGUGGAACAGCCAUUACAAACAUGUCCAGCAAUUUUCUUCUCAUCAGAGGCCUUGGUGAUUAGCAACAAAAUCAUGCAGUACAGUGAUUGAGAUUGUGAAUGGCACGUUUUCUUAAGUGAUCCUCCAUUUCGGACACAUUUUGGCCUUUGAGUAACAGAUAUAAGGUGAUAUAACCACAGCUACUUGCCCAUAAAUUGAUUAAUGAUAGUAAUGUACAUUCAAUGAAUAUGCUUCUUGCAUUAUCCAGCAAAAACAGGAAAAAAAAUCCCUACAAUAGUGGUGUUAGCUGUGGUUGUACCACCCUGAGACGCCUUCCACUGAAAAAACUUAAGUGACCUAUUCUCUGGCCUGCAAGUUCUCGUAGCCAACAGAGCCAUGUCAACCUUAGUGACCAGCUCCCCCCCAUGCCAUUUACUGUAUAGCUACAGUAUGUUAUAGUUCUGUGAAAAUGCAUGAAGGUGUGAAACAUGAGACAAUAGAUGCCAGCAGUGCAGAGCAAAUGAGAUCAUUUGAACUUGAGUGGAAAAUGAAGAGAGAUGAGCGUGUGUUUCUUGACAUAGUCCGCUGUUCUACCUCAGCUUUCAUGAACAGGCUCAUACUUCACAAUUACACUUUAUUAUGGCCCCCUUUAUUCUGAAAUCGUGAUGUUUAAGAUGAGGGAAGUACGUGCAGUACAUUGUCUUUGGUGCUUUCCCAGUGAUCAGUCUGUUUUGCUGGUCAAGUUGAUGUACCGACUGCAAAGUACUGGGGGAUGAUGCAAUCUGAGACAUAAAACAACUUUCUGAUACAUAAUGUGUUUUACAGAGUAUUUUGUUUCUAGUUGAAUUGAACUACCGGUAUUUCACAUUACUUGUCAUAAAUGUGGAAUUAUUCUGUGAUUUUUCUAAUUCUAAUGUUGAGUUUCACAACAUUUUUACAAAUCAUCUUACAACUUGGUUUCCCUCUGCUUCGAUUUAUCGCUUGAUUUAAAAA